UUCUUAUCUUUUAAUAUCUACAAGUAUUAUCAUUCAAAUCGAACAUCGUUCUAAAAUUUUCAAAAUGGUGAUUCUCCUUGUAAAAAGAGGUGAUGAGAGCCAGUUUCUCUAUGAAACGAAUGUGAAUUGCUCUGUAGAUGAUGUUGUUAAAGAUGUGACGGGCAUUUAUAACGGAAGGUUGAAGAUUACCAGGAUUUGUUAUGAGAUGGAAGAGCUUGGGAAGCAUGGGACUUUCCUGCCGCAGGAGAUGCAAGGGCUGACGGAGGAGCAGAUAAAGGAGCUAAAGCUACAAGAUCCCUGGGCCCAGCGCUGUGCGCCCAUGGGCUACGUGGAAUGUAAGGACGACAUGGGCCGGCGGUGCGGUCUUGCCCCACCGCCGAACCUUCAGGAGGUGUUGAAGAAAGCGGCCGAGGCGGCUAAGGAGAUGGUCCAUAAGAAAUUAGUGGACCACCGUAAGCCUCUAACCCAGAAGGACGUAUCCCGUGCCCUAGACGAGCUUCUCGGGGCCACAAAGAUCGUGUUCCCAGCCGGUCUUCCCCCACACGACCCUGUUCGCAUGGAGCUUGAGAAUGUUGAGGAUCUGAGCGGGACGCAAGCUGCUAAUGAAGUUAUGGAUCCGGCGAAGGCUUGCUUGUGGGCGUGCGGGAAGAAAUUGCUCAGUGGAAAUCUUCUAAGUGAUCACUUGGGUAAGAACGAUAAAACCAAAGUGACCGUUAAGCUGUGCUCUUCAUCUGAACACGCACCUGGAAGAGAACCAGUCCUGUCUGAAGAUGAACGCAAGCAACUAAUGUUACACGCCUACAGGAAACAGGAAGAAUGGAAAAAGUUGGAGCAAGACGAUAACGAUCACUACCUGGACUCCAAGUGGGCUGACGGCCAAGGCCUGAAGAGGGCAUUCCAUGGUCUGAACGAUAUCUCCUGGAAACCUGUUGUUAGGAAGUAAAAUUCACGAGUAGCUGAGGGUUCGAAAAGAAAAGUGUACUUUUUGAUAGAAUAGUAACUUUUAGGCUAUCAUGAUGAUCACUCUUAGGGACUCCAAACGCUGACGGCCAAGGCCUGAAGAGGGCAUUUCAUGGUCUGAACGAUAUCUCCUGGAAACCUGUUGUUAAGUAGACUUAUGGUUUUAAAAUGUAGCUGAGGGCUAAAGAAAAAAAAUGUACUUACCUUUUUUUGGUAGAAGAGUAUCUUUUCAGUUAUCAUAACUAUUAGGGCUUCAAGUGGGCUGAUAGCCCAUUAGAGAAGGCCUGAAAGAUUUCUUGGAUUUCUUGGAAGCCUGUCGUUAGGAAGUAGACUAGGUACUGAGAUAUAGCUGAGAGUUUCAGGGAAACGUAUUUUUAUUGAUGGAAUAGUAAUAGAACGGACAAGUGGGCUGAAGGCCAGGGUCUGAACAGAGCAUUUCAUGGCUUCAAUUAUAUCAUUAGACUUAUAUUGACCGGGAUAUAGACCGUGAUUACCUUUUUGAUUUUUGUCGAGCUCCCGAUAUUUCGACGCAGUUGCAUGCAUCAUGAUCACGGAAAACUGACGAAGGCGGGUGGAUCCCGGUCAAUAUAAGUCUAAUGAAAAUAACCGUGAAUCAUUCAAAACUUCAAUUAUAUCUCCUGGAAGUCUGUUGUUAGAAAGUAGACUUAUGAUUCUAAGAUGUAGCUGGAAGUUUUAAAUGCUGUUUACUUUCAUUGGUAGAAUAGUAAUUUUUAGGUUAUGAUGAUCACUAUCUGGACUUCAAAAAAUUGUCAUAUUAUUUGCCUGUAAUAAUGGCACUAUUUU